UGCUCCGGCAGGAUCGAGGGAAGUCAAGGACAACUGCGCUUGACCUUCGAGCAGCCGAGACUGUCUGUUGCAGCUAUCUCUCAAGGUGUCGUUGCUUUCAAUCUAUCGCACAGAUCUGCAAAAAGUCCUGUGUUCAUGCCCACCAUGCCUUGGACAACAUUGAAUCACCUGAAAAAUGGACAAUCCCGGACCUGAUGUCCACAACUUCUCACCGACCCAGCAUCGACUGCCCACGGUAUCCGGAGUCGAAGCUCUCAAGAGUGCGUCCGAGAAGGCGAAAGGUAUCUCAACUCGCCUCCCAACCCUAGAUGCAUCUCUCUCACCCUGCCAACUGUCCCUAGUCACACCAGGCCUCCAACGAGGAUGUGUGACCGAGAUGUUCGGCCCUCCAGGAGGGGGUAAGACGACCUUCGGUCUUCAAGUCGUCGCGAACUUGAUAAAGUCGAGUCACGAUGAAUCUCGCGUACUCUGGGUCAACUGUGGCUCGCCCCUUACACCGAACCGGCUUCGCCAGUUGAUGGCGGGUCACCAGCAACCAAAAGACCCCAAGUCGUCUCUGACCCCGAGCAAUUCCCCAGACAUCGAAACCCUGAUAAACGAGAAGUUCACGUAUCUGGAGGCGCAUUCUCUUCCGAGGCUCCUGACUAUCUUCCUACACCCAAGCCAGACUCUGCCGGGGCCCAAGACGGGCUUGAUAGUCGUGGACGAUCUAUCCAAUUUGAUUCUCGGCUCGUUCUCUCGGAAUGCAAAACAUCUGAAACCCGGAGCUCCAAGCUUGGUCAAGGAAAAGUUCGAGAAACGAGCCGCUGGUAGAAGGUUUCAGAUCAUUGAGAGCCUGGGUGCAGCCAUGUCCAAAAUGGCCGCCCUUAGAAAUCUCGCGAUAUUGGCGUUGACGAACUCGACCAUCAGCCUGAAGACGGGACAAAAGGCCAUGCUCAAGCCGGCAUUAUCCAGCCAAGCAUGGGACAUCGCCGUCAACACGCGAAUCAUGCUCUACCGUGACUUUCCAGACAAGGAUCAAGAAAGCCAACUGUCCAAGCUUGAAACACGAGCUCUCCGAUACGCCGAAGUUCAGCGCCUUGGUCGGAAAGAGAUAUACAAACCCGCGGUCGCUUUCGUGAUUUUGACAGACGGACUACGACAAUUACAUUCCCCAGAAGCCAACGAUCAGGAGGAGGAAGAAGACCUCUUCAAUGCGUUUCAUGGGACUGAAGGUGAAGAACAACGUCCUCCUCCUCCACUGAUGGAUCUCCCUCUUCUGCCGGACGAGCUAUCACAACAACCAAAGAAGCGCAAAGCCACGGAGAUUGCCGACAGCGAGGACGAAGAGGAAAUUGAUGGUUUCAACGGAAGAGAAGACGCGUCGGACCAAAACGGAGCAAAACUUCCGGGAUCACCGAUUGUUGAGAAAGAAGUCAUCAUCAAAAGGGAGGAUGACGAGGAUGACGAGAUGAUUCUCGACACGCACGAAACAGCUUUGCUGAGAAGCUACAGGCACGCCCUCAUCAGAGGUUCUGAAGACGCAAUCCCAAUAUCGUCCGACGAGGAAGAUGACGAGGGUGGCUAUGGAUGAACUAGAAUCCCAGUUACAUACCGUUGAUUUUGAUGAGACGACUCGUUACGAAUUACUGCAUUAUGUUUGAGUAUGGAUUGAACCUGAAAAC